UGGAAUCUAAGCUGACUUUAUGGAUUGCUUUUCGGUUGCUUUCCGAAGGUCGCUUCGCUUUUUGCGUUUAUUAUAUUUAGAAUUAUCGUAACAACAGAGGGUGAGUUCUUCGAAGCAUUAUAUGAGAUCUUCCAUUAUGGCUGUGAGUUUUGAAGAGUUUUCUGUACCACCUGGAUCUGAGCUUGCUCUUCCUCCACUAUUCGGCGGAAAUAUCUUGGAGAGCGAGCUGGAAACAGAAGUUGAGUUUGUUGAUGGCGGACUUGCUGGUGAAAACCUACAAGACGAGGAAGAAGAACAGGCCCAGCAGCGAAUAAGAGAGCUUAAUAGGAGGAAGUUUCUUGCUCUUAACCGGCGCUGCAAAGAAAUAGAGCAAGUCAAUGAGCGAAUACUCAACAGACUCCAUCAAGUGCAGAAAAUAAUGAGAUGUCUGAAGCAAGAGAGAAGAUUUCUAAUGAAAAUCUUGGAUGAUUAUGGAGAUGGAUAUAGAAAGAGCCAGCUGACCUUCUUACUAGAGGAUGAGGGAACUCGUACUUGUACUACACCAACCCCAACAAACUCAGAAAAUGACCCCCCAGAAAAUGAGGAUCUGUCAAAAUGUUUAUCAGGACCACCCCUUGGUUUGGAAGUUGCUAGUCCAGGCAGUACAUCUCUUGCAGAAGGACCACCAGCCAAAAAGAGGAGAAAGUACAAGGAGGAGAAAGUGUUAAGCCCAACUCUACUUCCAACCGAACCUCUUCUAGAUCAGGUGAAGAUGGAGGAAGAUUACUUGUGUGAUGGUGGUGAGGAUCUUAGCCUGAGUUGGAAUUCUCUCAGCCCAAGAGACAAGAUUCUUCAGUACACCAAAUUCUCCAGUCCUGGACCAUGCUCAGAUUUUGACUAAUCUUCUGAGACCAAACAUAACGCAACAUGACUUCUAUCACCUGAAAUACAUCAGUUGGACUUCUGCACAGCAAACAAACAAAUUUGUUGAUAUUUUACUUUAUCACUGAAGGAAUGGGAGAUAGGACUUGUAUAACCGAAUAUAGUUGAAAAAAAGGGAAAUUUGUGACUUUGAGGCACACAUAGUGUGCCUCCAUCCCUGGUUCAAGAGGAUAAAGUAAGGAGGUUGGAACUUUAAAUGAGGCUAUUCAAACAUGAUGAUGGUAAAGAGAGUAUCGAUGCAUGUUUAUUGAACAUAAGAAAAAGGUAUAAAGUGCAUGUCGGCAAUAAAAACCACAUUCAAGAAAAAA